AACGCGACAUACUCUGUCAUCCUAAUGUGAAAGUUUUCAUGUCACAUAGCGGCUUAAUGGGCAGCUCGGAGGCGGCUUAUUGUGGUGUGCCCGUUGUUGCUACACCCAUGUAUGGCGAUCAGUUUUUGAAUGCGGCGGCUUUGAAGCAUCGCGGCAUGGGCGUAGUGCUGCACUAUGAGGAUAUCACGGAGAAUUCAGUGCUCCGAUCAGUUAGGGAGGUGCUGAAGAAGCAAUACAUGGACAAUGCCAAAGCGGUCUCAUUCUCCUACAAACAUCGACCACAAACUGCGUUGGAAUCCGCCAUCUGGUGGGUGGAAUAUGUCGCCAAAACCGAGGGCGCUCCCCUCACUAAAGCCGAUGCGGUGUUUUUAUCACGCUUUGUCUACUACUCAAUGGAUGUUUAUCUAUUCGUGGGCAUCAUUUUAUUCAUUACGAUACUAAGUUGGAGUUUCAUUUGUGGCAAAAUUUGCGCGCGUCGUCCUAAAGUAGAGAAACAAAAGACUAACUAAACACAAUACCACUUUUUGUGAUAUUUUUGUAGUUGUAAAUAGAUUUCCAGAAUGGCGAUUAGCACAAAAAUUUUAAGAACAAUUAUUUUUGGCGUGGCAUGAGUUUAGUUUAUCAAAUGAAGCUCAAAAGUUACAUAUAAUAAAUAUUAGUGUACGUAAUUAGCGAGAUUCAUAUGUACAUAGAAAAAUGAAACUAUUUUAGGAUGAAAUUACACAACUCAGUUCAAGGAUAAUAAAGUACAAAAUUAUGAUUAUUUACUACA